UGCGACGCCGCACCGACUGGAUCGCUGUGACUUAUGCCGAAGAUUACGGAGGGCGUGCAGUUCCCUACCGGCCCCGAGGGCAAGCGCUCGACGCUCGCGACCGGCGUUGCUGUCUUUGCUGCGGCGGCGGCGCCGGCGGGCGAGGAGCUGGCCGGUGCGAUCCGCAAGGCGCGGAAGACGUGGCGACAGGAGUACCCGGAGAUGCUCACGCGCCUCGUCGAGGCGCAGUCCUACUCUGCGCAGCGCGCCAUUGCGAUCGCCGAGGCGGGGCUCGCUGAGAUCUACUCGACGUUCGAGUUUGUGCGAGGCGGCGAGGUGGUCGGGGUGGAGGCGGCGAUGGCGGCGCCGUCGGCGGCGCGCGCGCUGCACACCGCCACGGUCGCGGGCAGCGGCGCCCUGCCAACCUCCCUCUCGGUGCCGUACUUUGGAGACAGCCUCUCCGACCAAGUACUCGUCGACCAAGUCAACGCCUGGGCCGACUAUGGCGCUCUCGAGCCCGCGGGGGCGGCCGCGCUGUGCGCGGUGGCAAACUCGGCUGAGUGGCGCGAUCUGCGCGGCCGCACCUUCGUCGCGCUCGGCGCGACCGCCGAGCUGGGCCCGCUCGCGCUGCUACUGCAGUGCGGCGCAACCGUCGUCGCCGUCGCGCGAGGCAAGCCUGCCAAGUGGGCGGAGCUGGUCUCCAUGGCGCGCGCCAGCGCCGGGACACUGGUCGUGCCGCUCAAGCGGGCCGCGAGCUCGGACGAGGAGAUCGCCGCUGCCGCCGGCGCGGAUCUUCUGACGGAGACGCCCGAGCUCGCAGCGUGGCUCGCGGAGACGCUGCCGGCGCUGCCCAAGGGGGCGACAGUCGGGACCUACACGUACCUCGACGGGGAGCUGAACGUGCGCAUCUCGCUCGCGUGCGACCUGGUCUGCUCGUCCCUUGUCGCGAAGGGCUUGUGCGCCGGCGUGGCCUUUGUGCAGACUCCCUCGCAGGCCUUCCUUCUCCCCGCCGGAUGCACCGAGGCGUGCGACGAGUCGUACGCCUCCAGCUACUUGCGGCUCCUCCGCUACGAGCCGAACGCGCGCCCCGCCGCGCCCGUCGCGGAUGGCGAGCCGACGCGCCACGCGCAUGACGGGUACGUGCCGAUGCAGGGGCCAAACUACGCCCUCGCAAAGGCGAUCAACAACUGGCGCGCGGCGCUCGCGCGCUCGCGCGACGGCCUCACGGUCUCGUCGAACGUCGCGCCCGCCUGCCGCACUGCGUCCAUGGUUGCGGGCGACAACAAGAAUGCCCGCGCCGUCGCGGCCGCGCUGGCGGGAAUGGGCAACUUCCGGCCGAUGCUCGUCUUUAACGCGGAGACCGUCGCUGUGCUGAUGGGCAUGCUGCUCAUCCACGACGUCCGCAACCCUGCGUCGGUC